UAGCGCUACCUAUUUUCAUUGUCUAGUUUAUGUGAUGAAUCUAGGUAGGGAGGUAACACUGGAAUUGCACUGGCUGCAUUUCCCCCUACACAUAUCUGCAUUAAAUUUUUCUCCAGCACAAGCCAAUUUUGUAAUUUGAAACCACAAAUUAAGUCGCAUAAAUGUUAGAUAUUAUAUAUCUUCAAUUCGUGAUUGUAACCAUAAUCACUGUGAUAUUGAGUAUAGAUAUAUGUAAAGUACUAUGUUAGUAUAAUAAUACUACAACCACUGACUAUAGCCUGUGCUCCAACCAUUGAUAGAGUGUCAUAUAUAUAUAGAGUUCAAUGACUACAAGUUACAACUGUCCUAUCUAUACUCAAUGCUAUAAUUCACAUUUCAUAGAUAUUAUGUAAAUAUUUUUUUUAUUAUGUGAUUUAAAUCAUAUGUUCUUACACAGGUACCAAUCAGGAUAAAUAUUGUCAUUGCUCACUAAUUGUGUAGUUUAUAUUAAUGCAAUUAUCCGAUUAAUUUAAUUUCAAAGUUAAAACAUUGUUUUUUUCUUGAUUAGAUACUAGCAGAAUUAUAGCCUACACCAUUUGAAAGUAUUUUUAAAAUGGCUAAUCGGUGUUGCUUAUUAGGUUUAGUAAAUUUUACUAAAACAAGAUUUAUGUCCACAUCAAAUUCAAAAAAUUUAAGAACUGAAUCAAAAAAAGAAAUACCCGUUGUUAAGGGUUUACCAGUAGUUGGUACAAUGUUUUCAAUUUUGGCUGCUGGUGGUGGUCGUAAAUUACAUGAAUAUAUUGACAAACGCCAUCAACAAUAUGGUUCAGUAUUUAGAGAAAAACUUGGUCCUAUUGAUGCAAUUUGGAUUAGUGACCCUUUGGAUAUGAAAUUAUUAUUUGCACAAGAAGGAAAAUUUCCCAAACAUAUUUUACCAGAGGCAUGGUUACUUUACAAUGACACAUAUGGCCAACAACGUGGACUUUAUUUUAUGGAUGGUAAAGAAUGGUGGAAAUAUAGACAGAUAUUUAAUAAAGUUUUGUUAAAAGAUUUGAAUGUAAAUUUUAUCAAAUCUUAUAAAAUUGUAAUUAAUGAUUUAUUAAAUGAAUGGGAAUUGAGUAAUGAACAAGUGGUUCCAAAUCUUAUUGCAGAUUUAUACAAAAUUUCAAUAUCGUUUAUGGUGGCACAUUUAGUUGGAGGAGUUUAUGAUGAUUGUAAACACGACAUAUCAAAUGAUGUUAAUUGUUUAGCACAAUCUAUACAAAAAGUAUUUCAGUCUACUGUCAAAUUUACAGUUAUUCCUGCUAAAACUUCUAAAUUAUUAAAACUGAAUAUUUGGAAUGAUUUUGUACUUGCUGUUGAUAAUUCAAUUGAAAGUGCAAAUAAUUUAGUAUCAAAAUUAAUGAGCUUUAAUAGCGAUGGCUUAUUAAAUUCUCUACUAAAUGCUCAUGACAUACCUAGUGAUAUGAUCAAGAGGCUUAUAGUUGAUUUUAUAAUCGCAGCUGGUGAUACUACUGCUUAUUCAACUCAAUGGUCUUUAUAUACUCUAGGGCUUCAUAAGAGUAUACAAAAUAAUUUAAGACAUACUCUAAUAGAAACUGAUUUCUUGGAAUGUGAUUAUCUAAAUAAUAUUUUAAAAGAAGUUCUAAGAAUGUAUCCCUUGGCACCUUUUCUUGCAAGGAUUCUUCCGAGUGAUACAUAUUUAACAGAUCACAUAAUACCUGCAAAUAGUUUAGUCGUUAUGUCUAUGUUCACAAGUAGUAGAAAUGGAAAAUAUUUUAAUAGCCCUAAUGAAUUUAUACCAGAUCGCUGGAACCGCCUAAAAAGUAAUAAAUAUAAUGGUGUAAAUGAGCCAUUUGCAACCCUUCCUUAUGGAUUUGGUGCAAGGUCGUGCAUUGGACAAAAAAUGGCACAUAUUCAGAUGUGUCUAACACUGGCAGAGUGCAUCAAAAGAUAUAAUAUAGAAACAAUGAAACCAGUUAAAAUUGCAUUAGAUUUGAUUACAGUACCAGAUGAACAAAUAAGUAUAAAAAUACAAAAAUUAUAAUUUUUAAGUUAAUAAAUAAUUUAUCUUUAUAAUCAAAUUCAGUUGCAUUCAAAUAUUGUAAUAUCUUCAAAUGGUAUCUAUUUAAAUGUAUAAUAUUAAGUAUAAGCAUGCUGAUAUUAAUAAAAUGUAUACA